CUGGUUCACAGGCACAUGAUUACUGCAUGCCACAGCUGUAGGAUCAUGGUAAUCUAAUGUGAUUUGGUCAACAGGUGUCAGGAUGCAGGAUGUGGACAUCAUGGAUCUGCCCCCCUUCACUACACCUGAGGUUGAAGACUUUCUGCCAGAAUUCGACCUGGAAGCCUUUCUGGAACAUUUUGAGUUCAAUGACUCGUUGUUUGACCUGGACUUUAAUGUGGACACACAGACUGGUGAGGUUGCCAUACCGACAGCUGUGUCCGAGCCAGGCGGACAGAAACAGAACUGCACGAUACGGAGAGAACCUGGUGAUGGACAGAGGAAGAGAGAGACAGAGCCUGGUGAUGGACAGAGGAAGAGAGAGACAGAGCCUGGUGAUGGACAGAGGAAGAGAGAGAAGAGGAGAGAGACAGGACCUGGUGAUGGACAAAGGAAGAGGAGAUCGACAGAGCCUGGUAACGGACAGAGGAAGAGGGAGAAGAGGAGAGAGACAGAACCUGUUGAUGGACUGAGGAAGAGGAGAGAGACAGAACCUGUUGAUGGACUGAGGAAGAGGAGAGCGACAGAACCUGUUGAUGGACUGAGGAAGAGGAGAGAGACAGAACCUGUUGAUGGACUGAGGAAGAGGAGAGCGACAGAACCUGUUGAUGGACUGAUGAAGAGAGAGACUCAGAGAGACUCUCCCAUCAGAGGUGGCGCUGCCUCUCCUCCCCUCUCGGCCGUGACUCUUCCUCCUCCUCCUCCUCCUCCUCCCAGACUUCUCCAGAUCGCUCCUCCUCUCCUUUACAUUCCUGGGUUUGGGACUGCUACUUUCGUCUCUUCGUGUAGCAAUGGCUCAGAGCUGCAGCUGGUUCAAGCUCCUGUUUUCGGCUUCUCGAGACCUCCCACCUACAUACUGAGUGUAGUGUCUUCUCCCUCGCUGUCUCCUAGACCCCUCAACGUCCUACCUCUCUCUCCAGGUGUAGUGUCUUCUCCCUCGCUGUCUCCUCAACGUCCUACCUCUCUCUCCAGGUGUAGUGUCUUCUCCCUCGCUGUCUCCUCAACGUCCUACCUCUCUCUCCAGGUGUAGUGUCUUCUCCCUCGCUGUCUCCUCAACGUCCUACCUCUCUCUCCAGGUGUAGUGUCUUCUCCCUCGCUGUCUCCUCAACGUCCUACCUCUCUCUCCAGGUGUAGUGUCUUCUCCCUCGCUGUCUCCUCAACGUCCUACCUCUCUCUCCAGGUGUAGUGUCUUCUCCCUCGCUGUCUCCUCAACGUCCUACCUCUCUCUCCAGGUGUAGUGUCUUCUCCCUCGCUGUCUCCUCAACGUCCUACCUCUCUCUCUGGGUGUAGUGUCUUCUCCCUCGCUGU